GAAUUUAUCCCGGUAGAGCUGUGCAACUGCGAACCACCCGUCAGUUAUUCGGAGGCAGCUUUGUUUUUUCUUUGCGUUUUCUCAUUGCUGAAGGCCUUGCUAGCUUGGAUACCCCAUACCAUCACAACCUAUCCGAGCUAAGCUCAAUACGGAUACCCCAUCUUGGCUCUCUCUAUCUCUCUGUCUCUUAAUCAUUGGUUAUCUUGGCUUCAGUACAGUACGGUUGUACCAAAACUACAAUUAUCAUUACACGAAAAUGGCCGGAACACGCCGCAAACCCUCGUCGGCCAUUCAGGCUGGAUCCAGCACAAAGCGCUCCAAGAAUUCCAUUGAUUUGGGCUUUCGCAAUGAAGAAGAGGAAGAUGAUGAAAUCGAUUCGGAAGAUGACUUUUUCCAACGCCAAGAGGAAUCAUCGGAUGACGACGAAGAGGAAGAAACACUCCAGGCUAAAAAAGUUCGCUUGGCACGCGAUUAUCUGCACAAGCUCGAGCAAGAUGGCUCGUCUAGUAGUAGUGGUAGUGGUUCCGAAGACGAGGACGAUUCCGGAGACGACCAAGACAUGGAUCGAGUGGGUCGAUCACUCCAAAAACAGCGACUGAAACGACAAGGUGUCUACGAGCGAAUGGUAGCCGACAAACUCGCCAAAGCCAUUGAAUCCAUCAAAUUGGAACUGGUCGAUCAGAGACUCCUCGAGAGACAAAAAAAGAAGAAACAGCAACAAUCCACAAAACUAAGUGCACGCGAACAAGCACAAGAAUGGGUGGCACAGGGACACGUCAAACUGCUCAAGGGACAUGAUUUGACUGCCACCUGCAUCAGUCUACAAGCCGAUGGAUCAAAAGCGGUUUCCGGAUCCAAAGAUCAUUCCGUUAUUCUAUGGGAUAUGGAGCAGGAAACGGCCCUGACGACAUUGUCACCCCAUUGGAAAAAAGAUAAAGAUACUACUACUGGUGGAACGAGAACCAACGGACAAGUCUUGUCCGUGGCAUGUUCCGACGAUGGACGAUACGCCGCCGUGGGACGGCACGAUGCUACCGUCAGCAUUUUUGAUAUUCGAUCCAAAGAUCUCGUCAAAACAUUUACAGGACACAAAUCUGCCAUUACCUGUUUGGCGUUCCAAACCCAAUCCUUGCAACUGUUUUCUGGCAGCGACGAUCGAUGCGUUCGACACUACAAUUUGGAGGAUAUGAUGUACCUGGAAACACUCUACGGACAUCAGUUUGGUGUCACAGGCAUUGACUGUCAUGUCAAGGAACGACCCAUUUCGGUGGGACGAGAUCGAACUGCACGAGCUUGGAAGUUGCAGGAAGAUACCCAUCUCAUUUUCCGAGGUGGGGCCAAACUGGCUCCGGCGGAUUGUGUUUCAGUCAUCAAGGAUGAUUGGUUCUUGAGCGGACACGAAAAUGGACAGCUGUGUUUAUGGUUGACGGACAAAAAGAAGGCGAUCGAGACCGUGGAGUUGGCACAUGGAAGUAGCAAUGCGAUUGGAAAUGGUAUUGGUAGUAUCUGUGCGCUCAAAGGAAGUGAUGUGGUCGCGACCGGUGCCAAUGAUGGGUUUCUACGGUUCUGGAAGGCCAACACUGGGGCAACCUUGGAGGAACGUGGAUUAGAAACUUUGGCGCAUGUCCCAGUUCACGGUUUCAUCAAUGGGAUUGAUAUCGGGCCCAAAGCAAGAUUUUGUGUCGUGGCACUGGGACAAGAACCCAGACUAGGUAGGUGGAACCGUGUGGCCAACGCCAAGAAUCGAAUUGGGAUUGUCAAAUUGAGUGGUAUACAAGAUCAGGAAGCCGAAGAAGUUGAUGCGGACGAAGACAGCAACGCAGAAGAAGAAGACAACAAUUAAAACCAUUCUUCCACGAAAACUACUGGUACUAGUCUAGUCAUUCAAAGCUCAUAGUUUUCUGAAGCUGGCAGCCCACUUAGUAAUUUGAAAGCAGAUUCUUAAAAAUAUUUGGGUGUCAUAGUAGGGACAGAAUUUGUGCAAGGUUAGUUGUACUUUGUUUUGAUUUGUUUUGUUUGAUCCAGCCCGACCAUAACUGCAGAGAGGAUUCUAGGUGUCAGCUGAACUACUCCACAAGUGAGGAGUAAUUCGUAGCAAUCCAAAUUGCAAGUUAUGAUGGCAAUCACCACCCCCA